GGCACAGACACCCCGACCCCGAGAGGACGCUGUGGGCUCUCGGGCGGCUCUUCCCCCGCUGCCCUGCCCUGCGCAGCCCGGGGGGAGCGGCGGGCGGGCGGUGGGAGGAGCGGCCGUGCCGGGAGGGUGGGGCCGGGGCGGGCUCCGGCGGGGAGCGCGGCCGGGGCCCGGGCCCCCGGAGCGAGCGGCCGGGAUGCGGUGCGGGAAGAUGGCGGCACCGCCGCCGCCGGCAGCCGGGGCGCCGGGCGCUUGGGGCGGCGUGCGGCGGCGCUGCCAGCGGCUGCUCUACUGGGUGCCGGUGCUCUUCAUCUCCAGCAUCCUCUGCUGGUCCUACUACGCCUAUGUCACCCAGCUCUGCCUGCUGACAAUGACAAAUAUCGGAGAAAAAGUUGUGUGCCUGGUUGCUUACCACAUAUUUUUCAUGCUGUUCGUCUGGUCAUAUUGGAAAACAAUCUUUACGCUACCAAUGAAUCCUUCAAAAGAAUUCCAUCUAUCAUAUUCAGACAAGGAGUCCCUAGAGAGGGAGCCUAGAGGUGAAUCCCAGCAAGAAGUCUUAAGACGAGCUGCCAAGGACCUUCCUAUCUAUACACGGACAAUGUCUGGAGCAAUCAGGUACUGUGACAGAUGCCAUCUUGUAAAACCAGAUCGUUGCCAUCACUGUUCAGUAUGCGACAAAUGCAUUUUGAAAAUGGAUCAUCACUGCCCUUGGGUGAACAACUGUGUAGGAUUCUCCAAUUACAAAUUUUUUCUUCUUUUCUUGGCUUACUCACUACUGUAUUGCCUUUUCAUUGCUGCAACAGAUUUGCAGUACUUUAUCAAGUUCUGGACAAAUGGCCUUCCUGAUACUCAAGCCAAGUUCCACAUCAUGUUUUUAUUCUUUGCUGCAGCUAUGUUUUCUGUCAGUUUGUCUUCUCUCUUUGGGUAUCACUGUUGGCUUGUCAGCAAGAAUAAAUCUACAUUAGAGGUAUUCAGAGCUCCCAUAUUUCGUCACAGAACAGAUAAGAAUGGCUUUAGCCUGGGCUUCAGCAAAAACCUAAGGCAGGUGUUUGGUGAUGAGAAGAAAUACUGGUUGCUGCCUGUGUUUUCAAGUCUAGGGGAUGGUUGCUCCUUUCCAACUUGCCUCGUUAAUCAGGAUCCUGAACAAGCUUCCACACCUGGUGGACUUAAUUCAACAUCCAAAAGUGAGAACCAUCUGUUUCCUGCAAAGCCGUUGCGUGAUUCCCAGAGCCACCUACUUACAGAUGCACCAUCUUGGCCAGAAACUGCUGCAAAGGCUGACAAGGGCAAAGUUGGUAUGAGCAAUCCUGCAUUAACCAUGGAAAAUGAAACCUAAUUUCCCUUAAAAGAAGCAUCUGAAUAUGUAAGGAAAGUUUAAGAACAAGCUGUUGUUGGAAGGAAGAUGCAUUCUUCCAAGUAUCAGCCCUGUUGGCCAGCUGCUCCUGUCUGCUCCUCUAUGGAUGUGCUCAGAAAACAAACUGACAGAUGAUUAGCUGUCUCCAUGUCACUGCUUGAAACACGAAACUAAACAUACUACUUCUGAACCAUAUAAAGGAUGUUUCAACUUAAAAUUACUGGGUUUGAAUGGUGAAGGAUAAUUGCGUACUAGAAAGUGGUAAAAAAGAAGAGUCUGCGUUUACAAUUGUAAAAAUUCAAUGGCUGGUUUUACUUUGGUAUUCAGCACAAGAAAAAUGUGACCUCCUUACUAUCAGUUCAUGUACUUGGCUUGAUUUUGAAAAUUCCCCUUUUAACUCAAAUUGUUGUAAGUAGUUGAUUUUGAAAUCAAAUUUUUGCACUGCUGGCUUUAUGAACUUGGAGAACAGCCAGUGUUGAUUUGGAAUAGUUUAGUGUCUUGGUGGGCUGUAUUUUCUUUUGAGCCCUUGAUAAGCAAUUUUUGAAGAAGACCUAAGUGAACUGUCUGACUGUUUUUGGGACAUUUUUUGGAAAACAUUAUUGUAAAAUCUCUGUUUUCCCAAAGAUCUGUACUACACAUAGUUUGAAAAGUUGUUGAGAGGGAAAAAAAUCCUUUGGUUAAUGGAAUGCUUCAGUGGGCCCCUGCUCAGUGAUGCGGUGAAAAGCCUGUGUUCAGGGGGGUAACACGUAAAUGAAACCGGCCAGCUGGGGAUUUUGAUGGCAGCUUCACAGAACAGUCCUAUGAAAUGGGAUUUUAUUGUCCCAUUUGGAGCUCUUACCCCUUUGGGAAGCAAAUGUUGGCCCUGAACUUUGAUCCAAAAGGCUUUUUACCAACCUGUGUUAGUUACUGAGGGCCACUGUCUUUCAAGCUCCUAAUUUCCUAUUAAUCAAUAUUUGUCUGAUUUAUUUUUUCACUUUUUCUUCAGGACACUGCCUUUCUUACUGCAUAACUUAAUGAAUACCAUGUGCAGUCAAGGUGACUUACUGUUAUAACUUGUGAUAUUUGCAUUACAGGACAAUGGACUUCUGAUUGCAAUACCAAAAAGCCAAGCUGCUGCAUAUAGGAAAUCCCAUUUAAUUAAGUUAGGAGCUAGCAGCUUUCUUAGGAUCAGUUUACUGACCAGAAUAAAAGAGGCAUUUUUGGCUUUCAAAGUCAAAGAAGUUUCAGCAACACAAAUCUAAUUGUCUUGUGCCUUUUGUAUACACUACAUUUAUGGUAUCAGUGUUUACAUUUAAAUGCAAAUUUCUAUUCUGAAAACAACUUUAGGAGGAACUUAGUUAUGCUUUCUAGGGGGCUAGAUAAAAAGAUGAGUCAAAAAAAGAAAGGUGAAAAUUUCAGACUAUGCUGAGUUCGGUUGAAACAGGAAAGUACUUCUAUUAUCAAACCUGAAUUACUUAGUAGGUUGGUUCACAGUGUAGAGAUGCCAGUCAUUUGUUUAGGAAACUGGCAGCAGGACUAAGUGAUAUCAUUCUGAAAGCAAAAGAUACUAUCAUUAACUUUCCCACCAGCAGGUAACUUCAAAAUUCGUCUUUCUUGGGUUUGCAACUUAAGUGAUAGUUGGUGUAGCAAACGUGGCUUUUUUUUUUCUCUAGUGAGGGAAAAUGUAUUUAUUUUACUUUUUUUCUUUUAAAUCUAAAAUAAUUUUACCAGCCUGAAAACAUCUGUUUAUUGCCAGAAGUGCCAGAGUGUGGAUCCCUUGAUGUAGAACACCUUUUUUAAACUAGCAUGAAGGUAGCAUACAGUUUACAUUAUGCCUGCAGAGAUCUAGUUACCAAAAGAUUUUUUGCAGCUCUUUAUUCAGUGUUGUUCUGUCAGCUUACCUCAUAUUCGUGUUUGUUUAAAGGCGAACUUGUCAAGGGAUAAGGGGGAGAGGGAAAAUAUAUUUUUUAACACUUCAGGUUCUUUAUCUGUAAAGUCUUGUUUUUUAUGCAGUUAGUCACAGGGUGGUUUGUCAUGGAGCAUGCAUUUAAAAAUACUGAGUAAAAAGUUGAAAUUCAGCUUCAGUGUGUCUUGCACCGUAUUUUUAUGUAAAGACAAAAGAUUUCCUCCCCAGCAAAACACAUCAUGGAAAUGGAUCUCUCUAAUGUCAGCUUCACUGUGUCCAGGGCUCUGAGAUCUCUCGGUAAGGCUGGGGAUCAAUGUAGAGAAAGGACAGGGAUAAGGGAUCAAGAAAUGCCUGGCUUCUCCAUGUCUCAGAAGUCACACUUGGAAAGCACAAUAGCCCUAAAUAAUCUGCAGUUUUGUUGCAGCCAGAGGCUGUCUCCCUCACAGAAAACUGAUGGAGGCAUGGGAAACAGACACUGAUGAAGGGAGGAGAAAAGGAAAGAAAGGAUGAUAGCUCAAAUGUAAACAGUGAGCAGAUCUGAGCCAGGGGCUGUAGCUACAUCUGCUCUCUGGAUGGGCAUGAGCUGUGUCUCUAUGAAGAGCACUGUCAGCAGGCUUUGAGGGUUCCUGGCAGUUCUCACUGUGUAGAGUAUGGACAAAAUCGAGUUAAUCAUGCUCCAAAGUAUAAUUUCUGAUGAUAUGACUGUACUCUUGGCUUUAAACUCUCUAAUACUUUCUGUAACAAAGUGAAAAUUCUCUUUUUGACAUACUGACCAUUGUCAGUCUUACAAUGCAUGCAGGAGAAUUUGUGAAGAAGAAGUCAGGGUAGCAAGGAUGCAAUGUUGUUUGUCUGCAUACACUGAUUCUCCUGUCCUUUAUAUUCUUGCUAGGCACUUUACUACAGCCUUUUGUGUAAUUGCCGUAUUUUUUUUAAGGAGUGCUUUUUACCUACUGUACAGUUACUAAUCUACUUUUUUGCUAAAAAGAAAAUAAUAUCCCUGAUAUUUGUUUAGAGGUGUGACUGCGUUUCAAGCUUUAGUGGAAACUGGAUGAGUUCUGCAGACUCCUCAGACGGGCCUGAGUCCCAAAUGACAACAUAGUUAAAUUUAUUUUGUAUAUAUGUAAACCGUCAUAUGAACCAUAGCUCCCUACAUGUAUAAAAAAUGUCUUUUAUUUGUAGGUUAGAACAAAUCCAAAACAUCUGCGCCAGAAGUAGUCCACACAUACUCUGUAUCAGUAGAUGUACUGGUGAUGGAGUACUCAAAGUCUUCACAGAGAACUAUUUUUGUUAAGAAAAUGGAACACAAUCUAUGUGAGCAGUUAAGAUACAGCUGUGUUAUGCACUUUAAUUCUUUAACUUGAGAGAAAAAACACUGUCCAGUUUAGGUUACAGACUGAAAGCUCUUUAGUAGACUAUGGCUGGGCAGGUAAUGAAUGAAACACAAAAUCACAGAGUGGCAAAGGUUGGAAGGGACCACCACUGGGGUUAUCUGGUCCCUGCUCAAGCAGGAUCAUCCUAGAGCACAUUGCACAGUAUGAAAUACAGAUGGUUCUUGAGUAUCCCUUGUGAGGGACACUCCAGAAAGGAAACAAGUUUGUUUCAGUGUGUGGAAUGCUGUAGUUGUUUUUCAUCAUUAUUUGGACUGAAACCUAAUUUCCCUUAAAAGAAACAUCUGAAGAUGUAAGGAAAGAUAUGUUAAUAUUCUCUGUAUUUAUUAUUUUAUUUGAUGAUUCUUUACCAUUUGAAGAAUGCACAAAAGAAAAUUACUGAAACACUUCUUAUCUGUUUUCUUUCCUUCAAUUAAUUUUUAAUUAAUUGAGAGUUCUUCCCCUGGUUUGGUUGACUGGUGUGUGGAGGGGUGGGGGGAAAUAUAUUUCUACAUUAAAUUUAGUGUAUAACUUUGCUACGUGGUAAUGUGUUGCUCACAUAAAUAAAUGCUUCAUGUUCAGCAUGCGA